AUGGAUUCAAACGACGAUAUAAGCAUCCUUGCUAUUGCUAUUGAUAUGAAGCCAAAACAGAAAAUUGUUAAGAAACCUAUUAUCUUAGCCAACCGCCUGAAAGUUUCAUCCUUCAAUGGUCUUACAUUGUCAACAAAAAUUAACAGCACGUUUUUCAUAGAUGCUACAUUUAACAGAGUCACAGACCUUCGAAUGUGGGUGGAGGCACAUAUUGAAGAGUUGAAUGAAUUCACAUUGGAGAAAUCACUUACGAUCACUCCAACCAAACUGUCUUCUCCAAACGACAAGAAUUUCACUGAAAUACAGAAUGUAAAAGGGAGAUUACUAGGGCGCAAAUACUUCUGGAUUAAAGCCAAAGCAACUAUCAUAGCAAGGAAACAAAAUUACUGGUAUAUGUCUUGUGUUAACUGUAACAAAGUCAGCCAUGCAGACUAUGGUGAAACUUUUGCUUGUAUCUAUUGCAAAUAUCCUUCUUCUAAGGCUGUUCCUAGAGCAACUGCUAACGUUCAGCUAGAAGACACCAGUGGAAUCUUGAUUGCAAAUGCAAUUGGAAAAACUGCUGAGAUACUUCUGAAGCAUGAUGCUGAAAGUUUAAUGAAUUGUUCAAAAAAGGGCAAUGAUUUAAACAUCGAAGAAUCUGCACAAGAAUAUAUAUUCUACAUGAAGGUUUCACUGUGCACCGUUUUUCGCAUCUCUGUGCACCGGACGGAGACACACCCUGUUGUCUGCGUCACUAAACAGAGCCACCCAUAA